UCCAAACGGGGGGGAAGUGAGGGCCACCAGUGCCACAAGAGCAGCUCGCUCCGAUUCCGCCGCGCUCGCCGCCUCCGAUCGCUCCGAAGAAUCCGAGUCGGCCAUGACGGAGCGUUGGCGACAGCUGCUGGAUCAACUGGGCCAAGAGUUGGAACAACAAGCUGCGCAACUGAAAGAUUUGGAAGACAAGAAUCGUCAACUCCUGGACGCGGAAGCAGCGCGGAAGGGUCGGCUCAGCCACGCCAGUCGCGACAGCGAAGACUCGAUCGAGGUGGAGGGUGGAGACGUCGUUCCCAAUGUGAUCCCACGCAACUACCACGAGCGAGGCUCCCGUGUGUCUGUCAUGGACUCCAUGGAGGUGGACCCUCUGGUGCCCAAUCCGCCUCCCUCGCUGCUCCGACCCCAACGGCCAAGCCAAGCAUCUGUGGCCUCCCUGGCGGAUGCCACGAAACUGCUGGCGGCCGAGAAGAUGCAGCUCUCCGUGCUCCGGGCAGAGAAGACCAUUGAGUUCGCGGCUCAGAGGCCCUGGUGGGUCAUCAAUCCGGACAGCAACCGCUUCUCCCACGUGUGGCAAGUGGUGACCAACUUCGCGUUGGCCUUCGUCGCAUUGGUGACACCUCUCCAGGUGGGAUUGCUUGAGAUCGACUGGGAUGCUCUCUUUGUCAUUACCUGGUGUGUGGACAUCGUCUUCAUGAUUGACAUGGUACUUCAGUUCAUUACCAUGUACCCACGCACAACUGCGCGGGGCAUGGAAUUGGAGUACCGGCCCUCAAAGAUUGCGAAGCAUUACAUGAUGACCUGGUUUUGCCUAGACUUUGCGACGCUGAUCCCGCUGGACACCAUCGGCCUGCUCGCAGGGGCGGAUCGCUUGAAGGACCUGCGCAGCAUCAAAAUCAUCCGCGUGCUGCGCCUCUUGAAGUUGAUGCGAUUGUUGAGAAGCUCCAAGCUCACUCAUCGAAUCGAAAUUCCAGUCUCAAUCCCCUACCAGCACGUGGCCUUGCUCCGCUUCUUGCUGGUCCUCAUCUUGGCAUGCCACUGGUUGGCCUGUGUAUGGGCGAUGACCCUCAAACUCGUGGAUGAGAAAUAUCCUCAAUGGAUCAACGAGAUCGAGCUGGCCGACGCGCCCUACGGCAUCGUCACACGCGAGUCGCCGCUGCGCAUCUAUAUCGCCAGCUACUACUUUUGCUGCUACACCAUGACCAGUGUGGGCUAUGGCGACUUCGGUCCGCGAAACGUCUUGGAGCGGAUGGCUUGUACUUGGAUCGUCUUGACCUCGGGCCUCAGUUGGGCCUACAUCUUGGGUGAGGUCUGUGCCAUCGUCUCGGAGAUGACCGCGGAGAGUCAACGCUUCCGGAAGAAGAUGCAUCACUUGAACUCCCUCAUGGAAGAGCAAGGGCUUCCAGCUUCGCUCCGCUGUCGUUUGCGGAGCUUCUUCUUGCAGAAUCGACAUCAAGCGCAACACUUGACGCGGCAGAAGCUGUUGGAUCAUUUGAGCCCUCAACUUCACGCGGAAGUAUGUACCGCCUUGAACCUUCCAUGGAUCCAAAAGGUCACCUUCUUCCGUCAAUUCAUGGGCUUGGUCGAAGCUUUAGAGAUGGAGGGGAUCCACACGGCGCCCUUCCGCGCUUGCAUCGCCGAAGUGAGCCGCGAGCUGAAGGUCGCCGCGUUUGCCCAGCGGGAGAUCUUCGACAAUGUCCAGGUGCUCUACAUCCUCUCCAAGGGCUUGGUCGCGCUCAAUAGCCGUGUGGGUCAGAACGGCGUGGUCUGGGGCGAGGACUUCGUUUUGUCGGACACUAGCCUCAUCCGCCCGGUGGCGGGCUUUGCCCUGACCUACAUCGAGGUCUUCUUCUUGACCCGGGAGGACUUCAUGGGUGUCGUGGAGCGUCGCAAGGUCACCUGCCCGCAGCUGGCGCAGAUCGUGCGCCGCUACUGCGUGCGCAUCGCGGUCACGCGCGGCAUCAUUGCGGAAGCCAGGAGGCGUGCGCGUCAUCGCAACUCCGACAUGAAGUCGCUGUUGUCCGACAGGAGCACUUACACCAACUCAGCUCGCGUGUCGGUGGAUCACAUGUGGCCGGUGGUCCCUGGUAUGCUGGGCUGAGAUGCCUUUGGUUCUGAAGUCCCAACCAGAACCAUUGAAGUGAAGAUGGGACGCCACCAUUUGAUCUCAGACUAAGAUCAAAUGGUUCAUGGUUUUUGUUGGGGUUCUUCCAUCAAGAGUUGUACGGUACGACUUGUUCUUCUUGCGCAUUUUUGUACAGCGAAUUCAGCAGCUUUGAAGUUUGGCAGCCUGCGUGCUUCAAGGCCUUCGUAGCUGCAAGACGCAGCUUGCAUUGGUUUGCUCUGAAACGAAGAUCGAGCUCCAGGGGGUGGCAUCACAUGUUCAAGGGAUUCUUCAAGAUGCACC